AUGGCUUCUUUUAUCUCCUUGCUCUUCUUCAUCACUGUUUACGUGACAUACCUCUCCCGUUCUUCCUCAGAGAUUGUUCUACCUCUGAGUCAUUCACUCUCAAAAACCCAAUUUAAGUUUAACCACACCCACCAUCUCCUCAAAUCCUCCUCUGUUCGUUCAACCACCAGGUUCCGCAACCACCGUCAUCAUCAUGGACACCUCCACCGCCGCCAAAUCUCUCUCCCUCUCUCUCCCGGUAGCGACUACACUCUCUCCUUCUCUCUUGGCUCCGACCCAGUUCAAACCAUCUCCCUUUACAUGGACACCGGCAGCGACCUCGUCUGGUUCCCCUGCUCCCCUUUUGAAUGCAUUCUCUGCGAAGGCAAAUACGACACCUCCGUCACCAUAACUCCUCCUGACGUCUCUUCCUCUGCUUUCAUCCCUUGCAACUCCCCUGUCUGUUCCGUCGUCCACUCAUCUCUCCCCUCCUCUGACCUUUGCGCCAUCUCUCGCUGCCCUUUGGAAACCAUCGAAAUCUCUGAUUGCUCUUCUUUCGCCUGCCCACCUUUCUACUAUGCUUACGCCGAUGGCAGCCUCAUCGCUCGUCUGUACCACGACAGUAUUUCAAUACCCAUGUCCUCUCCAUCCCUUCGUCUGAAAAAUUUCACCUUCGGCUGUGCUCACAGAGCCCUCGGAGAACCAAUCGGCGUGGCGGGUUUCGGCCGAGGGGCCCUCUCUUUACCAGCUCAACUAUCUAACUUAUCCCCCCAGCUCGGUAACUCGUUCUCUUACUGUUUGAUUUCUCACUCCUUCGAUGUCCGGCGCAUCCAUCGACCAAGCCCUCUAAUUCUCGGCCGUUACUCUCUGAAUGAUAAAAAGAGGAAGCAAUCUGUGAAUGGGGAAGAAGAGUUUCAGUACACACCCAUGCUUAACAAUCCUAAAUACACAUACUUCUACUCUGUCGGACUUGAAGCAAUCUCAGUCGGAGGGAGUAGAAUUCCGACACCGGAGAGAUUGACGAGAGUGAACAGGAAUGGCGAUGGUGGAAUGGUGGUGGAUUCGGGUACGACAUUUACGAUUCUUCCGGCGAGGUUAUAUGAAGUUGUGGUGGCAGAGUUCGACCGCCGAGUCGGCCGGGUUUACGAGCGGGCGAGAGAGACAGAAGACCAGACGGGGCUCGGUUCGUGCUAUUACAUUGAUGACCCGGUGGAUAAGGUGAGAUUUGCGAAAGUGCCUAAAGUGGCAUUUCACUUCGUGGGUAACGCUAGUGUUGUUCUGCCGACCAGGAAUUACUUCUUCGGGUUCAGCAACGGUGGUGAUGGAAUGGGUAGAAAGAGGAAGGUGGGGUGUUUGAUGUUGAUGAACGGUGGAGAUGAGGAAGAGUCGGGUGGGCCCGUGGCGACGCUGGGGAACUACCAGCAGCAAGGGUUUGAGGUAAUCUAUGAUUUGAAGAAAGGGAGGGUUGGGUUCGCCAGAAAACAGUGUGCCACCCUUUGGGAUAGCCUGAACCGGGGACACUAACAUCUAUGCUGGUUUGGUGGCUGA